AUGCCAUUCAAUAAUGAAGAGGAAAGGUAUAAAGCACAGCAUGCUAUUUAUACAACUUAUGAAACAAAUUAUGCAAUCAGAAGUGGUGGCAUUUUGACAACAGAACCCUCUGAAUCAGAAACUUCUUGUAGUUAUUUCCAUAAGAAAUAUGGUGUAUUUAUAAAUCAUGAUAAUAUUCUUAAAGAAUAUCUUGAUUUACCUGUUGAAGAAAUUAAUAUUCUUGAUUACUGGAAAACUAAAUCUAAAAAUUCUCAAUGGGUUCAACUUGCUCGUAUAGCAUGUGACUACUUAGUAGUUCAAGUGACAAGUGUGGCAAGCAAGCAAAUGUUCAGCAUAGCCAAAUUUACUAUUAGUCCAACUAGAAAUCAUCUUGAGCCAGAAAAGGCCUGUGCUUCUCUCUGUCUUAAAACUUGGUUUGCAACAAGCUUAAUAGAUUAUAUAGAAGAAAAUUAA